CCGGAAACUGUCAGUGAAGCCGGACCGGAAGUGACUCUGAAGGGACGGGCAGCCCCUGGGAGCCUAGCGCGGUAUCUGCGUGCCUGGCUGGGCGAUGAAGCCGGCGGUGGAUGAGAUGUUCCCCGAGGGCGCGGGGCCCUACGUGGACCUGGACGAGGCAGGGGGAAGUACAGGUCUGCUGAUGGAUUUAGCAGCCAACGAAAAAGCAGUUCAUGCAGAUUUCUUUAAUGAUUUUGAAGAUCUCUUUGAUGAUGAUGACAUCCAGUGAAAUUCGUCUUCUAGCUAUGCAGUGUUAAAAGGUGUGGAAUCCCCCUGUAGGAUUGCCAGUGGUCUCCUUUAAGAAAAAAACUUGGAGUAAAUUUGUAAAAAUGCUUUCAGAGAUAUUGAAAAUUCAGUGGUUAAAAGGUGAUAUGAAAGGAAUUGUGAACUGCUGUUACUAGAAAGCAUAUUUGUUUUCUUUAAUGUACUUGCUGAUGUAUUCAUUUAAUAAACGCUCCACUGGAUUUGUUUCCAGUGUUAAUAAAUGCUGAUGCAUUUAGAAAUU